AUGGAGAACUCAGACCACUUACAAGACCAUAAGGAUGCUCACGACCGCCAGGAUGAUCUUGGUUUCUAUCUCUGGUUUCCUAGUUCUAAGAGAGCCAGAAAGUCUUCCCCUGACCCUAACCCUAACCCUAACCCUCUCCUUCCUCCUCAAACAAAUAGCCCGUCGUUAGAGAUGCAAAUGUCAUGCCCUAACCCUAACCAUGACUCUUUGUGGAUGCCAUCGACCAGCCACAACACUAACCUUAUGUUAGAGUUUUCUUCAAGCGAAUCCAGCCACAGCACUAACCCUACCUUUGAGUCAUCAUCCACCAACCGCAAAACUAACCCUACGUUAGAGUUAUCUUCCGACCACAACAACAACAACCAUCAAGAUGCUGCUGCUGACCUGAAUCCCUCUCAAGGAAAGAGUGAAACCGUGCCUGCACCUUUCCCUUGGGCCACCGAUCGCCGGGCCAUCGUGCACAACCGCAGAUAUCUGUUGCAAAACAAUAUUCUAACGAUCAGAGGGAGAGUCCAGUGCAAGAGGUGCGAGCAGGAGUUCGAGAUGAGGCUCGAUCUAGAGGAGAAAGUGGCUGAGUUACAGGAAUUCAUUGGGAGGGAAGGAGACAUGCGUGAUAGGGCACCAGAUGCUUGGGUGAAUCCACAGUUGCCAAAAUGCUCACAAUGUGGAAAAGAAAAUAGUGCUAAACCCAUCCUUGGGAGCACUAAGAAAAGGGAAAUUAAUUGGUUAAGCCAGAUGCUGGGUUGCUGUACCCUUAAUCAACUCAGAUAUUUUUGCAAGCACGCCCAAGUCCAUCGAACUGGUGCCAAAAAUCGUCUUCUUUACCAUACUUAUAUGAAUCUCUUGAAACAGUUUGUUCCUGAGUGGUUCCAUGCUUGA